AGGAAGUGACGUCAGUUUUUCGCGUCACAAAUCAAAAGUGAAAGCAAAUGUUCAGAGUUGAUGUUUUUCCAUUUAAACAACCAGCAUCGAUUCUGUACGGAAUAUCAAAGUGUUUCAGAGGAACUAAAGUAUGAUUGUCGUGUAGCUGCUUCAUAGAAAGACGGUGGAUUUUGUGAAUCUGUGUAAAUAAGAGUCAGUGCUGGAGAUCAGAUUCUGUUUCAUCAUGGGUAACACACAAACAUCCACAGAUCAAGAGUUUUCUCCAGGAUUCAGUUAUAGUUCAGUUGAUCAGAAGAGAUCAGAAGCAGAGUCCAGCUGUGUGUCUGUGAGGAGUGAUACGUCUAUGGAUCAUCCAGUAAUGAGUCGAGAUACAAAGACUGUUCUCAGGAUCUGCAGUCAGAGAUCUUCAUCUCCUGAUCACAGCUGUGUGUCUCUGAAGAGUGACGCAUCCAUGGGUUAUCCUCCUGACCUCAGUGAUGAAGCAGUGACCUCUGACCCCAGCAGAGCAGAUGGAGAGCGAAGCGUCUCUGGAGGUGUCUCCUCUGUCUUCUGUCUGAACAACACGAGCGUUACAGCGUCUCUGAAUAAACAUGAUCAAGCAGUGAAUGAUGAACUACAGAGAGUCAAAGAGCAGCACAAAACCAGCAUGAAGAACAAGUAUGAGAGAUUAUGUGAGGGACUGAAACUCCAGGAGAAUGAAAGCCUCCUGAACAGCAUCUACACACAGCUCUACAUCAUAGAGGGAGAGAGAGAAGGAGUGAAUGAAGAACAUGAGGUUUUACAGAUGGAGAAAACAGCCAGAACACAACACUCACAAGACGCUCCAAUCUACUGCAAUGACAUCUUUAAAGCCUCCGCUGAAGCAGGAUCUGAGGAGAAAGAGCAGAUCAAGACUGUUCUUACUAAAGGCAUCGCUGGAAUCGGAAAAACCGUCUCUGUGCAGAAGUUCAUUCUGGACUGGGCCGAGGGAAAAGCCAAUCAGGAUGUAGAUUUCAUGUUUGUGCUUCCAUUUCGAGAGCUGAACUUGAUCCGAGAUCAUCAGUACAGUCUUCACAGACUUCUGCUGGACUUUCAUCCUGAACUUCAAGAUCUGGACUCACAGAUUUAUGAGGAGUGUAAAGUUGUGUUCAUCUUUGAUGGUCUGGAUGAAAGCAGAAUCACACUGAUGUUUUCAGACGCUCAGAAAGUUUGUGAUGUGACUGAGACUUCAUCAGUGGCUGUGUUGAUGUCAAAGCUGAUGAAAGGAGAGCUGCUUCCCUCUGCUCUCAUCUGGAUCACCUCCAGACCAGCAGCAGCCAAUCAGAUCCCCUCCAAAUACAUCCACCGUCUGACAGAGAUUCAGGGAUUCACUGAGCCUCAGAAGGAGGAAUAUUUCAGGAAGAGAAUCAGUGAUGAGCAUCAAGCCAGCAGAAUCAUCUCACACAUCAGAAGAGCAAGAAGCCUCCACAUCAUGUGCCACAUACCCGUCUUCUGCUGGAUCUCAUCCACUGUGCUUCAGAAGCUCCUGGAAGAAGAUCUGAGAGCAGAAAUCCCUCAAACUCUGACUGAAAUGUACAUCCACUUCCUGCUGAUUCAGAUCAACAUGAGGAAGCAGAAGUAUGAAGAGAGAGAUCCAGAGAAACUCCUGCAGUCCAACAGAGAAGUGAUUGUGAAACUUGCUGAAGUGGCUUUCAAACAGCUGAUGAAGGGCAAUGUGAUGUUCUAUGAGGAGGACCUGAUUGAGAGCAGCAUAGACGUCACUGACGCCUCGGUGUAUUCUGGGAUUUGCACUGAGAUCUUUAAGCAGGAAUCUGUGAUUCAUCAGAGGAAAGUCUACAGCUUCAUUCAUCUGAGCGUUCAGGAGUUUCUCGCUGCUUUCUAUCUGUUUUACUGCUAUUUAACAAAGAACAAGAAAACACUGUAUGCAUUCAGAUUAUACAGAUCUGAUGAAGUCUCUCUGUAUGAUCUACUAAGAUCAGCAGUAGAUAAAGCUCUCAAGAGUAAGAAUGGACGUCUGGAUCUGUUCCUGCGGUUCCUGCUGGGCGUCUCACUGGAGUCCAAUCAGAGACUCUUACAGGAUCUACUGACACACACAGAGAACAGCUCAGAGACCAUCAGCAGAACCACACAGGACAUUAAAGAGAGGAUCAAAGAUGAUCCUGAACACCAUCCUCUCUCAGCUGAUCAGUCCAUCAAUCUGUUCCUCUGUCUGCUGGAAGUGAAAGAUCAGACUCUGUUCAGAGAGAUUCAGGAGUUUGUGAAAUCAGCCAAACACUCAGAGAAACUCUCUCCUGCUCACUGCUCAACAAUCUCCUACAUGAUUCAGAUGUCAGAGGAGCCACUGGAUGAACUGAACCCCAUGAAAUACAAGACAUCAGAUGAGGGGAGAAGAAGACUGAUACCAGCUGUGAUCAACUGCAGAAAAGCUCUAUCAGGAUCUGAAGACUAUAAUAAACACAAAUCCAGCUCUAGAGCAUCAGAUCUCACAGUCAGCUCAAAACAAUGAUGUGCAGGACACCACUGAUGAUCUUUAUGAUUGUGAAGGAGAGGAAUGAAGAGCUUCUCUCUCGUGAACACGCUGCUGGAGAAGAUUCUUCUGUGUGUUUCAGGAAAAGUUCAUCAGUAGUUUAGUGCUCGAGCGCUGCUCAACAA